GUUACGUGUCGGUGCCGGAGCAAGAUGGCCGAGAGGAAAGGCAACACCAACUUGCUGUUCUCGUCCGAUACUGAGUUCAGCUUUCCCGUGCCCUUCAUUCCCGUCAGCCAGGCUCAGGCCCUGGCCCCGGGCCCGGGCCCGGUGGCGGACACCAGUCUUCUCUCAGCCGAUGAAUCGACAGAUGUUGGUGAGGAGGACAGUUUUGUGGGUCAGACUUCUGCUCCCACAAGCCAUCCAUCAACAUUCAGCUACUUCACUCAAACUGCUACCAACAAUGAUCCUUUUGCGAAUAUUGGACACCAUCCUUUCACAACGGCAACACCACCUGCAGGGACAGCUUCAUUGCUAAAAACUUCAGCUGAAGUACCCCUUGCUUCUACAACACAACCUGUGCAGGAUCCCUUUGCAUUUCAGAGCCCGCAGUCUCAGUCCGGCUACAUGGCUCCCCCGGUCUCUCAGCAUAUUAGCACAACAUAUCAGAAUACUCAGCAUGGAGUUUCCUCAUCAACUGCUUUCACAUCUGCUACCCCUCCUCAGACCCAGCAUAACUAUAAUCCUUAUCGCCAGAAUUUACAGAGUAGCCGGGCCAGUCCGUACUUCGCGCCACCUAUGCUGCAGCAAAGCCAAAGCCAAGGUCACCAGCAGAUGCUUCCCUUGCAGUCUGCUGCCCCGACAGAUCAUCUUUACCAGACACCACCAACAUCUCCACCACAGGCAACUGUAGGGCAGCCUAUGUUACCGCCCCCUGCUUCUAAACCUAUAUCCACAGCAAUGCAGCCUUUACUGAAUUUGCCAUUUAACUUCUAUGAAUCUGUGCGACCACAUUGGUUCUACUGCAAGCUGGUGGAAGAUAAACCAAUCUGGAUGCCGUUCAGCUUUCUGGACACAGUGAAGCUGGAGGAAGUUUACAACUCCAUACAACCAGACCCUGAAAAUGUGAUUGUGUCCACUGAUGGAGGUCGCUAUGACAUUCAAUUGUAUGAUCGCACACGGCAUGCUGUGUACUGGGAAGAGGAGCCAUCUGAAGUGAGACGAUGCACAUGGUUUUACAAGGGGGACAUGGACAGCAGGUUUAUUCCUUACUCUGAGGAAUUCAGCGAGAAGCUGGAGGGAGAAUAUAAAAAAACUGUAACUACCAACCAGUGGCAUAAAAGACUCGAGUUCUCUAGUGGGGAGACCAUUGUUAUGCAUAAUCCAAAGGUUAUAGUUCAGUUCCAGGCUUCCUCACAACCAGAUGAAUGGGGAACCACACCGGAUGGACAGACUAGGCCCAGAGUGGUCAAACGUGGGAUUGAUGAUGACCAUGAUGAGAUUCCUGAAGGUGAGCUGCCACCGGUUAAUCAUCUGGUGUUCAUGGCACAUGGAAUUGGACCUGUAUGUGACCUACGUUUCAGAAGUAUUGUUGAAUGUGUCGAUGACUUCAGAAAUGUUUCUUUGAAAUUACUGCGCACGCACUUUAAAAAAGCAGUAGAUGAGAAAAAAAUCACACGAGUCGAAUUCCUUCCUGUGCAUUGGCAUAGUGCUCUUCAUGGAGAUGCUACUGGAGUAGACAGGCGUAUGAAGAAAAUCACAUUACCAAGUAUAGGCCGCUUGCGUCACUUUACCAAUGAGACAUUAUUGGACAUAUUCUUCUACAACAGCCCUGCAUACUGUCAGACUAUUGUGGAUAAAGUGGUUGCAGAAAUCAAUCGACUAUAUGCUCUCUUCUUGAGUCGAAACCCUAAUUUCAAAGGAGGAGUUUCCCUUGCAGGACACAGUCUUGGUUCUCUGAUCCUUUUUGAUUUGUUGGCCAGUCAGACGGGCUGCUCUUCCCCUGGCGAUCCCACUCUAUUAGCAUCUAAUGGGACUGUGAAAGAUCCUAUAAUCCCAGAAGAGACUCAGAUAGAGAACCAGAAUUGCCAAGAUCCUGACGAUUUUGAGGAAUUGAAGAAUGAACAAGAGGAAUUCCUGACACUGCUGCAAGCAUUGGAAUCGCUUGGUCUUUCUGAGUACCUCAGCACUCUGGAAAAGGAAGAAAUAGACAUGGAGUCAUUGCUCAUGUGUACUGUAGAUGACUUGAAGGAAAUGGGGAUCCCUCUUGGACCAAGAAAGAAAAUUGCCAACUUUGUGAAGGAGAAAGUAAACGCACAGGCAAAGGAGAAAGCUGCAGCAGAAAAGAAAGCAGUAUUGGAGGCUCUGAAGAAAGCUCAGCAAGAAGAAAUACAAAAAACCAAGGGUGAAGCUGUUCAAGUGGAAUCAAUAGCUGCAGAAAAGCAGGGAGUGCUGAAGAAGAUGCUGUCUUACGCUGGCACUAGUGUUUCAUCUGUCUCAGUGCUAUAUGACCAGUUUGAAGCUGGUGCUGGCCAGGUGUCUGUGGCUUAUCAAGCACUUGACUUUGAACCAGAUAACUUCUUUGCCUUGGGUUCUCCUAUUGGUAUGUUUCUCACAGUGCGUGGGCUGGAGAAGAUUGAUGAAAAUUACCGGCUACCAACCUGCAAGAGAUUUUUCAAUAUUUAUCAUCCAUUGGAUCCUGUGGCAUAUAGAAUGGAGCCCAUGAUUCUCCCUGGUUUGUGUAUAAAACCAGUUCUCGUUCCACAUCACAAAGGUAGAAAGAGACUGCACCUUGAGUUGAAAGAGAGUCUGUCUCGUAUGGGCUCAGAUUUAAAACAAGGCUUCAUUAGUUCUCUGAAGAAUGCCUGGCAGACACUGAAUGAAUUUGCACGUGCCCACACUUCUUCAACCCAGUUGCAAGCUGAGCUAGAGAAGGUAGCUAACCAAAUUAAAGAGGAAGAAGAAAAACAUGUGGAGGAAGAACAAAAGUUGGUGGAAAGUCCAGAAUCACCCAAAGAUGAAGAUUCAACAGUGAAGAUUGGAAUGCUGAAUGGAGGACAUCGUAUUGAUUAUGUUCUACAAGAAAAACCAAUUGAGAGCUUCAAUGAAUAUUUGUUUGCUCUUCAGAGCCACUUAUGUUACUGGGAAUCAGAAGACACUGCUUUGUUGUUUCUUAAAGAAAUUUACAAAUCACUGGACAUCAGCCCUGAACAGCCACAGCAUUGAUGGCCAUAGGCUGUGCUGUAUUUACCUCAGCAACAUUGGUCAUCUGAUAUACCAUCAGCUCUGCUGGACACAAUGUGAUUUUAGACUCUCAAAUGAGAUCAGUAGUUGCAUCUGUUAUUUUCCUACUGGGACAACAGUAUUUAUACAGUCUGCAAUUAUUCAACAAUACAAACAACUGACUCUAAAGAAAAAAUUCUUACUUUGAAAAACUAUAACUUUACUUGAUUGUCACCAACUCAGAAGUGUCUUGUGUUAAAUUAAUGAAGCUGUGCAACUGAUCCUUUGAGAAAGCUUCUGUUCUGAUUUAUUUGCUAGCUAAGCUAUUCAUUAGUCUCCUGAAAUCACUCCUACAUUGUUUUCAGGAUACCUGCUUGCCUAGUGGAGCUGAUGAAAUGUGCAUUAUUCUCUCCUCUUGUCCCUGUUAACUCAUUCCAUCUACUGUAGAGUUCAUUCACUUAAUCUGCGUUGGCUUACUUCAGAUAAGUGAAUGAUUAGGGUUUACAAGGGUGCAUCUUGAAUUAGGCCACCCAUGCUUCUGCCAAAUGUAAUGCAUUUUUAAAUAUAUAUUUCAUUUGUUGAUUUGCAAAAUAUUUUAAUUUUUAUUAAUUGUUUUCUGGCUUAUAUAAAUAGUAAAUAUUCUAAUGUCUAAAUUGAUUGCACACUGUGAAUUCAAGAGGCAUGCCUUGUAUGUACUAUACUGUUCAACUGCAAAAAAAAAUUUCAUGCUAUGAAAUUAAUUUGCUUGUCAAACUAUAAUGUACAUUGGAUCCCCACGCCCUCAGAAGAAAUUCAGUCCCUCUUUUCAGAUGCACCCCAAAUGGUGAUGAUAAGGUUUUUUCUGGAAUACAAUAUACUAUACAUUGUUACAAAAUUGCAGCAAUUGUCAGACUGAUAUAUAUAGUUUCAUCCCCACACAGAAAGCUUUAAGAUGGACCUAGCUCAAUUUUCACCUUUUAUAAAAUCCAAAUAAAUAGCUGCUUCAAACCAUACUGCUUAUGCUGCCAUAUACAUGAUUUUUGGGUUUCAUAAGCUUUGGUGACGUUCUUUCAGGCCAAUUGGCUGAUGAUACCAAAUGCACAGAGUUGUAAUGAAAUAAAGAACUUAUAUUGUGAUCAAUGAUAUGGAAAUUACUGAUGAUUGUUAUUAUUUUAGAAUGGAAUUUUGUUAUUAGACCUCAACAGACAGAAUGUGCUACUUCAUUUGUUAUGUCAUUAAAGUAGCCAGCAAUUGUUUCCCUUACAGUAUGAUAUAACCAAGCAACUGGUUAAUCAAUUAAAUACCAGGCCCAUGAGGAAACCUUUCAGUUGUCUCUUUCUUCCCUUCUUCCAAGCUAUGGCACAAUUUAGCCAUCCUGAAUUCCCUCUUUUCUCUCUCUCUGUCAGUCACUUGCUGCUUGCGUAACAAAACCCUGACAGUGUUAUGUCCAGAUGAUUCUGAAAUUUUGAAUGUAGUCUUCUUGCCAAACCCUGGAGAACUGGAGGUAAACUUUUCUUCAGACAAUCAAGUGUGCUGCAUGGUGCUUACAAUGUUUUCUGUUGGAUAAAGCUUCAAUCUUAGGACAUGUUAUGAAAGGUCCUGGGAGAAACAAUAGGCUCCAUGCAAACAACAGCGCUUUACUUCGGCAGCACAUUGCUUUUAUAUUUUCCUGCACACUUCACUUCCCCCUCUCUCCUGGACCUAAACCUGAGGCAGCUAUCUGGAUAUGGUGUUUGGGUUUUGUGAACGUACAUACAAUCAUGUUGCAUUUAUAACAACCUGCAAAUUAAAGUUCACAGUUAAACAUGGCAUACAAUUGGUAUAGUUGUUAAUUUCCUUUUUGUCAAUAGUGCAUCCUUUUUAAGAAGGAAGGAGGAAGCCAGUGAGGCUGUAAAAACCUUGGAUUCAGGCUAUUGGACCCUGAUGGGUCUCAAAUUAUCUUAUGAUGCUUUGCCACUUAUAGUUAAAAGAAGUGAUUGUGCCAAGUAAGGGGAAAAUAACUGCACGAUUUCUACUGAAACAUUUUUGAAACAUUUCCUUGUGAUGCCCCUGGUGUAUUGGUUAUACAAAACAAAAUCUCACUUGAAGAAUGAAGACAGCCUCACUGAAAAUCCAGCAAUUUGCUUAAAUAAUGAGUUUCUCAUACAACAGGAAGAGCAUUUCUGGUUUUGUCCAAAUGGGAAAUAAAUUUGAUCAAAGAUUUUCUUGUCUCAGAUUAGUAUUAAGUAAAUUUAAAUGUAACCAUAUGUAGGCAUUGUAGAAACUAAUUAUUUGCUUAGUAUUUACCAUUGAGCUGAUUUAUAAUUCCUAAUUCAAUACCUAAACUCUAGUUGUAUUCCUCAACCUGUAAGAAUAAAUGACAGCUGGAAGUAUAAAUGACAGCUAUCACCAUGUGUGGAGCUUGGAUAAUCUUUUGACUGGAGUCGUAAUGAUAGAACAGCCCUUGAUUUAGAGUUUGACAUACCAAGGCUCAGUCAUACUCCUAUGUGAAUUUCUUUUGCCUGUUCGGUAUUCAGGCCAUGGUUUUGUUUAUCGAACUAUUAGGAUCGUCAGCUCUAGAGGUAGAGCAAGUUGAAGUGUUUUACUGUGCUUCUGCAGGUAAAUUCCACAUUAAGGCUGCAAUCAGUUCUUUGCUGGGAGCCUUGGAAAACAAAUUGGUCAAAAAAUUAGGAAUUCUUAAUCUGAAACAAGUUGUAUUUUUUAAUUAUGCUAUGCUGCCAUAUUUUCACCCUGUGAGAGAAUAUCUGCUGCAGUUGAGUUAUUCUGCUUUGUAAAGUAGCUAUCAGAAUGUAACAUUCCACCAUCUCUGCUUAUCUUUGAGUUUAUAGUCUUCAUUCCAGUAAUCCAGCACUGAAGAAUCAAAUCAAAUAACCAUAGUUUUACAGAAAUAACCCUUUGCCACACAGGUCCUUUCCACCUACUCCCAAAAAAGACUGUAUUUGACUGUUCAACCUACUGUAACUUAAUUGCUUAACACAGCUGGUUCAACCUCUUAUUAACAUAGGUUCCUGUGUUUGUAUUUGUAUUCUUUUUAAAAAAGCAAUCUUCAAGCCCAUUCUUCAUACAUUUGCCUCUGCCAUCUUUUCUCACAAAGCUUUACUAUUAAAUGGCCAGCUGAUCAGCUUUAUUCAGAUUUUAUUUUUAAAAAUCAUAAUUUUCAUGCCCAUCACUUCAAGUAACCUUUUAAUUUGUUUCUUUAGAAAUGAAAGUUACCUGAUUACUUUAAGCAGCUUCACGGUUGCAAUGUUCUUGGCAAUAUUGUGUAAAGUGCAAAAUAACAAAUGAAGCAGAAGUGGAUUUCUAUGCCAUGACUUUUGUAUAGGAGGAGACUUUGUAUGCACUCUCUAGCCCUGCCUUCCCCUUCCUAAAGUUAAACAAAGGGUGGUCAACUUUGAGAAAUCCUGCACACAGGGAUUGACACAAAUGAACAUGGGAAAGGUGACAUGUGUCCAUCUUGACAUAUAUUAAGGAUUAAAAGUGCAAACGCUGCCUAAACAACAUUGAAACUGCAGUAACUUCUGUCAACCAGCCUCUGAUGUAAUUUAUUGUAAUUGUAAAAUAAAUAUGGAUUCUUUGCC